AUGUUCUUGUCGAGUAAGGAAAAUGGCCUCACAGCCCUCUUAUUUUCCCUCUUUGCUUGCACUCUCGCGGUAUUUUCAGGAUAUUUGAUCCUCCUAACAAUCUACCGCCUCUACUUCCAUCCCCUCUCUAAAUACCCAGGACCCUUGCUUGCCAAAAUAACAGAUUGGCAUUCUGUCUACCAUGCCUGGAAGGGUGACCGGCAUCUCGAGUUCUGGCGCUGUCACGAGACCUACGGUCCCGUCGUCCGUUUCGGCCCAAAUAGUCUCUCCUUUAACUCAAACACCGCCCUAAAAACAAUAUACGGCCAUCGAGCAAACGUCCAGAAAUCCCAGUUCUAUUCCGUAUUUCCGCCUACGAAAGAUACCUACAACACGCACAGUAGUAUUGAUAAAGCUAGUCACGCGCGCAAGAGAAGGGUGCUAAGUCAUGCCUUUUCCGAUGGCGCGGUUAAGAGUAUGGAGAAGUAUAUUUUGGGAAACGUGAGGACAUUCUGUUCUCGUCUUGGAGAGACGAAAGGGGAGAAAGGUUGGAGUGUGCCACAGAAUAUGGCGGAUUGGUGUAAUUACCUGACCUUCGAUGUCAUGGGGGACUUGUGUUUCGGGAAGGCGUUUGAGAUGCUCGAGCAUGAGGAGAAUCAUCAUGUUAUUGAUCUGAUUGGGAAUGCGGCGCAUAUGCAUUUGAUUGAGAAGUUGGGCACAAAUCCUAUGAUCAAAACCCUGGGUCUGAAUAAAGUCCUCUUCAGGAAGAUCUAUAACAUGAGAAUGCAGUAUAUGGCAUAUAGCAAAGCCCAAGCGGGCGAGAGAAGCAAGAUUGGACUUGAGACGGACAGGAAAGACUUCUUCUACUACCUUCUGAACGCACGGGAUCCAGAGACUGGAAAGGGGUUCUCGCCACAAGAACUAUGGGGCGAGAGUAACCUCUUGAUUAUCGCUGGCUCAGACACAACAUCUACAGCACUAGCUUCUGCAUUCUUCUAUCUCCCUCACAAUCCCCGAACUCUUGAGAAAUUGACCCAUGAGAUCCGGUCGACGUUUGCGGAAGUGGAGGAUAUCAAGUCAGGACCUGCGCUCAACUCAUGCAUAUACCUUCGAGCUGUCCUCGACGAGGGAAUGCGUCUCUCGCCACCCGUCGGCGGGAUGCUUCCCCGCGAAGUCCUGGCGGGUGGAAUUGAUAUCGACGGCGUGCAUGUUCCCCAAGGCGCUGUAGUCGGAACACCCCACUACACACUUCACCACAACCCAGCAUAUUUCCCCGCACCAUUCCUAUUCAACCCUGAGCGUUGGAUCGCCGCUUCCUCUUCUGAAGUAACCGAGAAAACUGUCGCAGUUGCGCAAUCGGCAUUUUGUCCCUUCAGUGUUGGUCCUAGAGGAUGUAUUGGGAAAGGGUUGGCGUAUACCGAGUUGUCUGAGAGUUUGGCGAGAGCGGUGUUUAUGUAUGACAUGAAAUCAGCUGAGGGUGUAAGAAUUGGAGAAGGAAGCCCGGAUUCUGAGUGGGGGAGGCAGAGAACAGAGGAAUAUCAGUUGAAGGACUCGUUUACGAGUUGGAAGGAUGGUCCGUUUGUACAAUUUCGCGAGCGUGCGUAG